AUGUUGAAGUUGUGGCUCGGGCUCGCGCUAACGGCUGACUCAUCGGCUUUAUUCAGGGAUCGUAAUAGUUUUGGGAUGAAUCUAAAAAGACCAUCGGAGCUCUACAAACACCUAAGAGUUUCCAAGAGACAUAUCCUGGGAAAAUCCCAUGAUGACGUCGUUACAUCACUCCCAAAAGACAAUGAUGCCCCAGAGCUAGAGUCACGACUUCAAUUCCAUAAACAAUUUAUGAUCGGAGCGCAAAAUAACAGAGUAGGGUUAGGAUCAAGUAGGAAAGUCCAAGAUACGGAUAUAUUGAAGUCUUUUAUUCGGCAAGACGAGAACGAUAAAUACAAGAUCCAUGCAAUGAGUUUAGAAAUGCAGAACGAGUGGUUAGACAUAGGAGAUUUUUGCAUUCCACUAGCACUAAAAUGGCGCACCCUAAUUCAUGACUGGUCGCCAGCCUUGCUAAAAUUUUAUCUCAAUGCGUUCCAGAUGACUCUCCCAGAUCAGAGUAAUUUAGUAAGAUGGGGUAAAGGUACCGAAAAAACUUGCUAUAUCUGCGGAAAGGCAGUUGGAACUGCCAAGCAUUUGCUGGUGGGAUGUAAGGUUCUCCUGGACAGCGGUCAAUACUCGCGUCGUCACGAUAGGGUUUUAGAGAUCAUACGUUUUGUGAGAGAGGGCACCAGGGCUAUAAAAUCAAACGUCAAGCCUUACUCUAUCCUUAAAGCGGCUUCGGAUUGGACUAUCAUGAUGGAUACGUAUGAGAAACAAUACAAAAUCCCCGAGGAUAUUUGUGCGUCGGCCUCCAGACCAGACAUAUUUCUAUAUUCGCGUAUUUUAAAGCGCGUUGUGAUGAUAGAGCUUACGGUGCCUUGGGAAACCAACAUCCCCAAAGACCAUGCCACCAAGGUCAAUAAGUAUUACGAGCUCACUAACGAACUAACUCGAAAUAGGUUCGUCGUUGAUUUGUACGCGGUAGAGGUGGGAGCGAGAGGUAUAACAGCUAAAUCUCUCUAUAACCUACUAAAAGACUUGGGCCUGUCCAGAACUAACAUUAAUUCAUUCUUAGAACGUACGUCGAAGGCAGCCCUAGUAGGUUCUUUUCAAAUUUGGUUAGGUAGGGAGAGGAACUUGGACAGUGGAGGUGAGCGUAUAACGCGCGUUAGUUAA